CGAUCAACUUGUUAGUUGUUGUUGACAACGUCAAGCACAUUGUUAAAUGGGUGAUCACAUGACCAUCUGAGAUGUAACAGGUUAUUACCAAAAUCUUCAAGAUGUCUUCCAGGACAAUAAGUGCUAAAGGAACAUGUUGGCAAAGAACUGAUGGAAACCAAAGUUAAUGAUGUGAAUUAUUGUGCAGUUUAAAGAUAGACGUUAAGCAAGAUGGCACAGAGAUAUAUUACAGCGAUGGACUUUGCUGAUAUGCAUGCUAGGAAGAUACUUAGGAAACAAGCAAUGAUAAUAAGCAGAGAAAUUCAGAAGCGCCCCCUAGGUGAGAUAGAAAUAAAACAUCGUUAUUACCCUCCACAACCAGUAUUAUCCUGUCGAACUGUCAAUAUUGAUGUGACUGGGACCAGGACAUAUAGGCCUAAAUCAUCCACAGACAUCAUAAAAGAACAGCAUCAACUUAUUCAUUCCAUUUAUAAUAAACCAAGAAACAUACAGUCAGCUCCAUCCAAGGGAAGACGUCCACAGUCUCCAAACAGACAGUAUUAUGGUGAUCAAGAUCAUCUCAGGAAAUUUAAACGUUUAAACAUUGAGAUUCAAGGAAGACCGCUGACUUCCAAAUCACAGCCAUCAACUCCAAGAACUAACAGACCGAGGUCCAAUUUACGUCCCAAAACAGCAGGAGCAGUACAAAAAUCUGAAGAUAGAAAAAAGAAAAAUGAUCCUCUUUUGGUGUCAAGUAGACAAACAAAAGAAUUAACACAGAAAAUUCAUGAGCACUGGGAACCAGAACAUCACACCUUAAACCAGGGUGUGUUUGUAAGGGGACAAUCCAAGGAGGGGCCCACUAGCUUUGAUAGCUGGCUGAUGUUUGGGGGAACACCUGCAGACGGAUCCACUGGCAUUGUGGAUGCAUUUGCUUUGAGCGAGGAAGCAGAGUAUUACAACAUAGAAAGUAGUGUUGGUAGUAGGGUAGCUCACCAGUUACAGAAAGGGGAUAAAGUUAGGAUUGGCAUCAAUGGAAGUGUCCAGUCUCAAGAUCUCAAGGUCAAAAAAUGGACAAGGGAAUCUAGCUAUAUAAAGGAAGAAGAACCAGAAAAGAAAAGUAACGGUGUCAUGAUCAUUCCAUUGUGUUGGGAUGAUGCAGUCAGCAGUCCUGUGACUAAAGUUAUCUCCCCUAGAGGGGAGCCAGAGGAAAGAGCAAAACCAAAUUUAUGUGAGACACAUCCUGUUUUGUUUACUAAAGAAAAUGAGGAAGAUAGAAUGAAAGAAAAAAUAAGUAUGACAAUUAUAGAAAGACCAGGGAGUUAUAAAGUAAAACAUCGUCCAAAAUCUCGUACAUAUGUUACUGGUCAUGAACAAAAUAAUAAAAUGGUAGACAUUACUAUAGACCAGAAAUCAUUGGAUGAUGAAUCCAUGCUUCAUAAUUUAUCAGUGGAUGAUGUUUUGCGACAUACGCUUGAUAAUCGACGGACACAUCAUAAGUCAGAGGAUAGCCUGGAUGGAAGUAGUAUUUAUUUUGAACAAAAUGGAAUGUCUCCAAGGAUGGAUGAUUCAAAAGAAAAUGUGCGCAGUCCUAGCAAAAUUAGUAUUGUGGAUUCACAUGCUAGUGACAGAAGUGAUAUAAGUUCUAAACAUUCCAAGGCAAAAGUUGUGACCUUGAAUUAUAGCAUAGGGCGAUCAAAUACAUCUGAUUUGAUAGUUGGUCCACCGACAGGAUCUCUUGUACGAUCUAACACAGAUAUUUCACUGAAGUCUGCAAGUUCUGUAAGAGGAAGUGAUAAGUCAUAUAGGAACAGUGAACGGUCUGGUUCAAAACUUGGUUAUCGUAGUUCUUCUGGAAGAUCAGGGCGUAUUGGAAGUCCAGCAUUAUACUCAAGUUUUGGCCCUAAAUCUGAAACUGAAUAUAUUCAGAUUUCUUCUCAAAUCAAAAUGCCCAUUCCUAAUCCGCCGCACCCAAGCAUACCAAAACAAGACGAAUAUAUAUCUCAAGCAAAGACUAAUGAAGCAAUAAGACAGGUAACUAAACAGAACAAAGUGCAGGUUGUUGAAAAAGAACGAGAGGUAAAACAAACCACCCCAGCACCUGCUCCUUCUCCAGAACCACCUGUGGAAGAGAAACAGGAAACCAAAGUAGCAGAUCCAAAAAGGUCAGCACCUCUAUCACCUGCCACUGUGGCUAUAAAUAUACCAACUGCUGAACAGUUUGAAGGAGAAUCUCCAUGGCCAACAAAUAGAACUGGGACCGAGGUAGAAACCACUAGUCGCCUGAAAAAAGAAGGAUCUGAUUUACAGAAAAUAACAGAAAAUUCUAUUGAAAAAACUGUUAAAUUUAAGGAUGAUGUGUCUUGAUAUGCUAUGACAGUGUUUUUAGUGCUGUUCUGAUUAUAAUUAUAAAUAGGUACUGUAUAGAUAUAAACUGUGGUGAGUUAAAGGGAAGUCUCAUGGUUUAUAUCAUACCAGUGUAUGGUAUGCAUUUUUUUAACAGGUGAUUUUGAAGCAUUUUCAUAUUUUUGAUUAAUUAGAAUUUAAAAGAUUUUUUUAAGUUUGCAUAUUACCAGGACUGAGAUAGUUAAGUUACUAAAUUAUUGAUACAGUUCACAGGUAGUUUGUAUAUUAUAUGAGACCCGAAUUUAGUCAAAAUUAUUGUAUUCAAUAUCCUGAAAAAAUUUUGGAAUUCCUUUAAUAUAAUAAUGUUGACUAAAUCUGUGCCUCAUAUGUAGAGGAUAGCAUUGUUUUGUUAAAGGCAUCCUACUAGAUAUCAUUGAAUCUAAGAUUUCUAGAGAAAUCAAUAUUAUAGACUCCUUUUAGUUUGAACUUGAGAUGUACAUUUUUUUCUAUGAAUUCUCAAUGGUAACUACAUAAAAAUAUUGAGGGAUUUCAAGUUGAAUUUUCAAGAGGAUAAAUAGGAUUUAAAAUAGACAAUUUUUUUUAUUCCAGAAAUUCCUUUUUAAUGUGAUUGGAAUCUUUUCUGAAAUAUGGAUCUAAAAUUAAUCUGAAAAUGAAGAUUGUUUAAAAUGAAAGCUUGAACAAUUAAAUUUAUUAUUGACUUCCUUAUUGGAUUAUGUUCUAGUGACUAUGUCCCUUUAUUGAUAUAAUUUAGUGCAUUUUUUCAUUUACUUCUGUCAUAUCAUUCACAUGUAUGGGAGAUAAUCCAUUUCAUAAUCAGGGUCCUAUAGGAAAUACAACAGGUAUUGCUAUAGCCAGAAACCAGAAAUUCUGAGAACUUUUAUGCAUUUGAGGCACUUUUAUGUUAAAAUAUAUUUGUAAUUGUAGAAUUGUCUUAAUUUUACAAUUUUUACAUUACUGUAAUUGUUUUUACAAUAUUAUUAAAGAAAAAAUUUACAAAAUGAUAGAAAUUCACAAAAAUGAUUAUGCUUGCAUUAUCUGUAUAAUGAAAGUGACAGGAUAAUUCAAGAAAUUAUAAAUUAUUUUUAAUUAAGAUGAUUUUUAUCUGAUCUAGCUCUUACUGUUGUGUGCCUUAUGUAAAAUAACUACAUCGAACUGUCAAUCAAAAGACCACAGAAAUCAUAUAUUGUCAAAGAUUUUAAGUGACAAUUAUAGAAAAUGUUUGCAGUUAAAAUUGCAGAAAAUAUGUAUUUUUUAGUUUUAAUUAUAAAUGAUAAUGGGAGACAACUCCUUACAGUAAUGUAAUUUCUUUUUUAGCUGGUUUGUAUCAUGUCAGAUUAUUUUUCAUUUAUUUAUUUGUUUGUUUUUCAAUAUCUCAAGUCUAACCUUUAUUUUUAAUUGUUUGAAUAUUCAUUUAGUAUUAAUUUUAUGAAAUACAGCUUUAUCAUUUAUUUAGUAUCCCCAAAAAAUAAUCAAAUUAACUCAAACACAAUGUAGAAUAAUGUAUUUUGUCAGCAACCGAAGUAGACAACUUUUAGCAUGUACCUUCAUUGAAAUGUUAGCUGUAUUCUUAUGAUUUUGAUGAUAUGUGAAAAUCAUCAUGUGUAUCAUAAAAGUUGGUUUGUUUUAAGCUGGGCAUGAUAACUUUAUAGUAAACUAUAAAAAGGUGGAUUUUUAACGAGGGGUUAUUUUUCAGCUUAUUUUGUGAUUAAGAUAACAUUGCAAAUAUAUCCCCCCACGUAAUUUUGAUAGUUAAUGUAGUUCAGUUUUAGGGACAAGAAAAACUGGAAUAUCUCACGAACAGGCAUGCAAUAUUUAUCAAUGCAGGUAUAAAAUCACUAAUUCAUAGCUACUUUAUCUGAAGUUCAAAUAAAAUGGCAGUCAUUUCAUGUCAAAACUACUUUAUCUGGACUUGUGUUGAGAAAUUUAACAUACCUUUAAUUGCAUAUUAGAGCGCACUGGUUCCUGAAAGUUUGAUAAUACAAAAACAGGUCCUUCUGAUCUGGACAACAGGGCAAAUGUGCCCUCCCAUUAAAAUUUCAUAUAUUUUUUUAUUAUUCAAAAGAAAGUUUCAACAAGGGUUCUACAGAUAUCCCAAGUCCCUAAGCUUUCAUAUGAUACCAAAAUUACCCAAAUAUAUUACUUGUUGACAAAGUUACAGCUAUGCGUAGGAACUAUUUUGUUUAAAAUGCAUACUACUUUCUUGUAUGUUCUCUCUGACUGGUCCCGAAAUUAGUGAUUCUAUACCUGCAACACCAAUAGAGAGAUCUUCUGUUGAACUGUACAUGAAUAAAAUAAAAGUUUGAAUUCUAUACAACUAAGUCUGAACUAAUUAAGAUUAACAAAUCAUUGCAUCAAGUUCUGAAUUUGAGGUAUACAAUUUUCUAUAGAAUUUAACAAGUAUUUUUUAAAAACGUGCCAAUGUUUGUAGUCACACUGCUUUUGUUUUUGAUUUUUGUUUUUUUAUUAUUUUGUAUAGUGUAUAAUGAUAUCUAUUUUUACCAAAUACAUGUGUUGUUUUUACUGACAACAUAUUCAUAUUUAACUUUUUAUUUUUAGAUUUUGUCAUGACAAAUUUACUUUAGAUUUUUUUCAUAUACACAUAAUUCUUGUUGAUAAAUUUAUUGUGUCAAAUAUUCUUUAUACUAUAAUUCUGGUAAUUAUAAAAUAAUUUCAAAAGCCA